AUGAGGUUCGAAUUCGAAGUACAGGAACAGCACCACCGGGGCUGCGAACUGUUCGGUAUACAUAGAAACAAAAGGCGAAAGGUCCUCGCACAGUUCCCUUUGAAGGUAGCUUGGUUUUCCGCCCGCAUGACAUUUGCCUGCCUUGAAUACACGUCUGGAACAAGCAGCCCUGGCCAGUCACUGCGGUAUAAGAACGUUGACCAAGCUGAUCAGAGCCCUGUUAUUCAAACGAUUUACGAGAUUUUGGAAUGGGACAUGAAAUCAAAGCCAGAGACAGAAAUCGUUCGAGACAUGGAAGUAAUGGAACGUCGAAUCUUGUCUAUGUACAGGGAUGGAACAGCGUCCGCAUACGACCGAGACGAGUACGAUAUGAGCCAUGCAGAGGUCUUGUAUUCCGUUUUUGAGAGCGCUGUCUCGGAUUACGCUUUACUCGAUAGAAUGAUACAAGACAAUAGAGUCCUUCGUGCCGUUCUGCGGGUCUUCGAGAAACUACUGAAGGUCAACAGAGAUUAUGACGGAAGCUUCCCUAGUGAUAUCCUCAAGCAUUUUGUACGAGCAGCCAUCGAUUGGCCUGACGGAUUGCGAUACCUCCUAUCAACUGAGGCGAAACGUUUCUUGAACGACAGCAGGUCCACAGAAGAAUAUUCCCCGCCCAUCGUUCUGGCAUGCCAGACGCCCAAUUUAGAGUCUGCGACCAUUCUUUUGGAGGCAGGCUGUUGCCUUGAGCUAUCCCUUCGGACAGGUCGUGCGUUUUGGGGAACUUCAAUGGAAUGCAUUGCAGUUGUUGCCUCCAAUCUCGCAACAAGGAGACUUCAGUUACUCAAAUUGGCACAGGAGAAGCUUUUAAGGUUUUUUGAGGGCGAGACAGUUAUGUUUGCCGACUUGGCAGCCGCGAGCAUUUGCGAUUCUCUCGACAAGGCCAAUAUUCCCUUUCAUCAAAGUCUUCGCGUCGAGAGAGACUACAAGUCAAUUUACUCAUGCACCGCUAUCCCCUUUGAGUUUUUCAGCAUCUUCUGGGAUGCCGGAUUUCGCCAAAGCAGAAGCCAUGAUAAAGCUGGCCUUUUGCCGGCGAUGACAUAUCGCUGUCAUAUGUUCUGUCCUCCUUACCGGAAGGGAACCUUUGACUUCUUAGACUCAUAUCACUGGAUGCGUGAUCACGAUUUCCUCGAUGUAACGCCAACAGAUCCACUCAAACUAGGACUCAAUCGGUCUUCCACUGCAUAUCACUAUAUCGGGGCAAUGUUUGGUGCUUUCUUUGAUGCAAAAACAUCAGAAUCUCCCAAUCAUUUUCCAGAUGCUCAGUGCGUGAUAGAUGAACUUUCAAGAGUUCAAGUUGAGGAUCAAUGCGACUGCUGGUGUAACGCUGCAGAUCACGGUUGUUCGCCUAUAAAGCUACUUCUCAAGUCUCAUCUUAGCGAGCGUCAUCCCGGGAUAGCAAUGGAUUUCGAUGUACUACGACACAUUGUCUUUCAUCAUAAAAUUGUUGAUUUCUGGCCCUCGGCUACCGGCCAGAAUGUCACUGGCUACGCAAAUGAGCUUUUGCGUCUUCUUACAUUUGAGGCUCUUGACAUGACCCAUACAUGCUGCACAUUUGAAGCUGUCCACAAAGAGAUCGUCAAGGAUAUGGUUUCUACAGCAAGUGAGAAGCCUGCAGCAAUAUUUAGUUGCAGAGCGGAAAGGGUUCGGGGCAUUCGUUCCUUGGCCGAGGAAAGAGAAAGCGCUCACCUGCUUGAAGACUUGAUGUCAGAGUUCACGCCACAGUUGAUUCUACAGGGUCCAGGACCUGAGGCUUUUGAACUUUUUAUCAAGGGCUAUUGGCGGCAACGUGUGUGUCUUAAAGGAAUACUCCAUGCUCUUCUGGUGCUAGGGGCUUCUGGGGUAGCCCUGACAGAUACGACCCACGACUACAGCGGACCUUACGAUCUCGGACUUCACGACGGAAAUAACCCAACAAUACAAAAGAAUUAUAAAGGAUGGGUGAACCCAGAGGACCUUGCUCCUAUGCCACAGUGCAUUGCCCAGCAAGACCAGGCUGCCUGGCUGAGUGCUAUGACCCGAUGUACCAGACAUCGAUGCACUAAUCACUUCAUUUUCUGCACGCACUAUCAGUGGCUCACUGAACUCAGCUGUCUCAGUAACGAAUUCUCCCCGACCACCAUCCAACGUUACGUCUCGUUUUGCAGUCGGUCGGUACUGGCCAAAGCACAACUGGCCGAAUGGAUACAGCAAAUCACCGGUCGGACUUGGCUGGUACACCUCGGUGACACCAAUGGGCUACAGAGUUUGUCCCCGAGAAGCUUGACACAAGGAUACAAUAUCGUCAGCGUAGAACAAAAGGCACCAACGUGCCUCAGACAAUCGGCAUCCACACUCAAUGAACCGUUUGAACAUGUGCUGGGAUCUUGCAGUUUCACGGGCGUGACAAUCCACGAGGGCAACGCAGCUCGGCCCUGGGAAUACAGCACAGCUCGGAAGUCUAUGACUGCCCUUGGCUAUGAUACCGCCGGGUAUGACCUGACCAACUCGCACAUACCUCCAGGCGAGUAUUUCGACAGAGAAUGCUUUUGCAAUUAUUUCUCGAUCGAUGCAGAGCACGAACCGUGUUCAGACCAACUCGAGUUGACAAAGGAGAGACUAUGGUUGCAUGCCAUAUGCGGAUCUUCAAAACUCCCUGCGAACUGGAAAAAGCCACUGAAGAUUAUUGGAGAGAAUUAUAUCCCGACAUCCAGAUGGGCAAGAUCUUCAGACCUUCCAGACAUGCCGCAGAGCAUACCAGAAUUCUCCGAACAGUGUCGAACUGAAGCAUGCAAUACCGACUCAGAAGGCUUUUGCCAGGUAGAGCCCGCCAUAGACAGAUCCUGUGUGUGUGGAAAACUCGAUUACAGCCUUUGUCAAGGAUCCUGUCAGAACUUCGUGUCAAGAAAGAAGUACGUCAGGUGGCUUGUAGAUCUCUGCGACGAUGUUCAAGACUGGCAUGGGCUGCCCAAUGAUUGGCAUGGACUAUUGUUGCCUCGGCCUCGCGACAUGAUCCCAUGGGGUUGGAAUCUGAGAUCAGAAAACGAGAAAGACACGAACUGCCCGUCCUAUACAACAAACGUCAGCAGCCUUGCCAUUAUCAAUAUACUGACUGCUCUUGCUGUGUACUUUGGAGAGAGGUUAUCUCGAAAUGUCAAGAUCGUCGAAUCUCCCCCGAAAAGUCCAGUUUGGGUCCUGCGAGGGCUCGUACUUGCCAGUGUCCAGUCAAUAGGCCACUGGAUCGUGGUCAAUACUAUUCAGAGUACACCGGGCUACGAGAACGUCCCCACAUUACAACUCAUUCUUCUCUUUUGCACAAUGCCUCAUCUUGGUUGGCUCGCGAUAGGAGCCAAGCGGAUUCAUCGUUCCGAAUCAAAAGAUCUGACCGCGGCAUGCUCGGCGCUCUACGGCGAGGUUUUCCUGCAGAUCCCCACCUUGUAUUUCAUGACUACGGUUGCGAACUACGGAUUGAGGAAUGGUUUCUAUUCUGGUAUCUUGCCACAUACAGAUUUGGGGUAUUCCGCUUGGAUGAUGUACGGUGGAGCUGUCCUGUGGCUCGUGCCUGUGGCGAUCAUGACUGUAAAGAUCAUGCGAAUCCUGAUUCUGACAUUCGCUUCCCAUACUCAGAUAUACAGGCUACCGGAGGACCUAUCUCAAUGCGAUGGUAAUGGAUGUACGCCACUCAACGACAAAGAUGAAACUGAUCAUUUGUUCAAUCCUGGGUACAGUGAUUCGGGAGAUGGGCUCAGCUAUGGUACUAUACCAGAGGUGGCUGGGCCCGGUCAACCCCCCGAGCAUUCAAGGGAGCCUCAUCCAAGUCUGUACGUCGUUUUGACUACCGGUCUUCCUGUAACAUUCCUAGCUCGAUGUCUCUUCUGGAUUGGGUUCAUUCGUGUCAGUGGAGCCAAUUACUGUCCUCAAUCACUUGGUAUCUUGACUACCGUAUGGAUGGCUACUUCACUGAUUCAGGUCACUCUCAAGUUUAUCAUUUAG